AUGGCGACAUGUGAAGAAGCAGAUCUCAUAGUGUGUGGAUCAGAUGAGGAGCCUUCACCACAGGAGGAUGAGGAGGAUGAGGAGGAUGAGGAGCUUUACCAGACACCAGAGAGGGGAACAAGUAAAAGACCUGCUGACAUCCUGUUGGACCUCAGUGAGGAGGCCGAUGUGAAAGAACUGGAGCCAUAUCAGUAUCAUCUGUACUCUGGUGUGGAAGAAGCUGUCUGUGGUUGGGACAGAGUGGCUCCACUGAGCUGCAUUCUUCUGACUCAGAAGAAAGACAGGAAACCAGAGAAAAAGGAUGCAGACAAACCAACCAUCUCAGAAGAUCUGACACCUGUUACUUCAGAAGGCUCACGCAGCAUCUCAGAGCAGCGCUGUGAGUCGUGUCCAGGACUUUGUAACCAACAGGGAGAAUCUUGCAUUGUCAAUGCUGUGGCAGCUCUGCAGCUAGAUAACACAGAAUGGCCUUUCGUCAAUGCCAUGCAGAAAACUGCAUCACAUCACUUCCCAGAAAGGACAGAGGAAGGAAGAACUCUUGGAGAGACUUGGCGGACUCAUCAUCUGUCCUCAAAAUGCACCGUGUCAGAGAAAAGACCUAUAAAGCCUCAGAAACACAGCCACAGGCCCAACAGCACCGUGGUUCCCAUCAAGACCUACACAUUCUUACCACCAAUCAAGACACAGCAUCUGAAUCUGAAGGUUGACGGCCAGACCUGCAGUGGCAGGAAGGCUUCAGGGGAAGCGAACUUGCAGGAAAGAGGUUUCAUGUUGGAUAAGAGAAGCGGGAGGAGAGGAACAAGAGAGGAGCUUCCCAAUCACCCUGCAGCCCUGACCUCCACACACCAGACAUGUCACAAUAACGCACCCUUGUCUUAUGCAGGAAGUGUUUCUAUUCCCAAAGGGUAUCAGGUGCCCGUGUCCACCAAACCUGACACAGUGCAGUACGGGCGCUACAUGUCGGGUAAGAGCCUCACACGGAUCCUCCAGGGCAGCACUGCAGCAGGUGCCCAGACCCAUCUCCAGCCCAGCUGCCUGUUUUCCUAAGGAACAAGCUAGUGUGUGCCGUCAUGCUGUGUGAAGCCUGUGCAAUAAAACCUGUAAUUUCAUGUGA